AUGUUAAAGAGGUAUCCAUUUAGAAUAAUUCCUGGACUUCCUCCAAAAAAAUUUACUGUAGGAUCGUCACUAGAUUCUCAAUUUUUGCAAAGACGUCGACGUGGCUUACACAGGUUCUUGAAUCAAUUAAUCAAGCAUCCGAUACUAAGACAGGAGCCUGUCGUUGUUACAUUUUUAUCAGUACCUACUGAUCUAUCUACAUGGAGGAAGCAAGCAAAAGUUGACUACUCUUUAGAGUUUAAAGGUGAAAAAAUCCUGACACAAUUUAUCAAUUCAAUUUGGCCGACAGUUGGAAAUGAGUUUUUGGAAGAUUGGGCUAGAGCGGAAAGGGCUUUACCAAAAUUAAUUGAGAUUUGGACUAAGAUUGUUCUUUUGGUAGAGCGUUACGAAAAAAGACAACAGCAAAUUGCUUGUGAAAAUUCAAAGUUUGUCGAAAUGAUUAGCGGUUUCAAAACACUAAACUCUAGUAUUUAUCCUAAUAACGAGUCGACCAUUCUAGGUAGUAGUAACAAAGAUGAUUUGGAUUCCAUAAAUGAGUCUAUGAAUUCGAUUUCGGGCUAUUUUAACAAAUCAAGUCAGGUUUUAGUUGAUGAAAGUUAUGCUGUCAAUAUCAUGAUUUUAGAAAAAUUUAAAAAUUAUUUAGAUUAUCUUUACUCCUUUCAAGAAUUAAUUGAGAGGGCGAAGUCACUAUCGGCUAAUAACAUUAAUCAAUUGCAAAAUACAAUAAAAGAGAAUGAAGUGAAAUAUAAUAAGUUGAAUAAUGAUGAUGCAGAAAUAAGAGGUAGAGAUUUAGCUAAGUUACGUCAAACUAUUAUUAAUGACAAACAGGAAAUAUUUCAACAGCUAAACAAAGAUUGGCUAAUUAAAAGUUGUUGCUUUAAUGAAUUUAUUAUGUUUCAGGAAACCCAGUACUUGCUUAGCGAGUUGUGGAUCGAUUGGUUGAAAGGUAGAACAAAAUUUCAAGAAAAAUAUAAGGGAUUGUAUGAAACUUUGUUCGAUUCUGUAAUUGAUGAUAUGCCCUUAAACCGAUAA